GAAUUUGAGAUUUUCCUUGACAGAUUACCGUCUAACGAUUAUCGUCGAUUUUUAAGAAUUACUGUAUUUGUAUGUGAAUAUAUAUUGUUUUCGAUGAAUUGGAAUUUACAGCCUAAAAUUUAAAUCCUUUCAAACACAACUAUUGAACAAAUUAUUAUCAAUAGUGAUCCAAAACAAUAAAUCGUCACAAAGUGUCAUUUUUUGGAUUUGCUGAAUAUUAUUAUUUGAUUCAUUGCUUACUCUUUGAUCAACAACAUAAAUCAAAAAAUCCACAAACAUGUCUUCAGGCGAAAUGCAAACCGCAGAUUAUCAACAGAGGCGAUGGCAUAAUAUCAGAAAAGUUUUGGAGCGAUCAGGCCCUUUUUGCCAUCCAGACUUUGAAGCUUCCGCUGAGAUACUUGAUUUCAUAAUGAAUUCUUGCAAAGUUCUUAUAGUUGGAGCAGGCGGCCUCGGCUGCGAGCUACUGAAGGACCUGGCUUUAAUGGGUUUCAAGAAGAUACACAUUGUAGAUAUGGAUACAAUAGAAUUGUCCAAUUUGAAUCGACAAUUUUUAUUUCGAAAAAAUGAUAUAGGUUUAUCAAAAGCAAAAUGUGCUGUUGAUUUUGUGAAUAGAAGGGUUCCUGGCUGUGAAGCUGUAGCCCACCACUGUCCAAUACAAGAUUUGGAUGACUGUUUCUAUCGCCAGUUUCACAUUGUUGUGUGCGGACUUGACUCCAUUGUGGCUAGGCGGUGGUUAAAUGGCAUGCUUAUGUCAUUGCUGCAGUAUAAUGAUGACAGAAGUUUAGACCAAAGCAGCAUAAUUCCCUUAGUGGAUGGUGGCACAGAAGGGUUUAAAGGUAAUGCAAGAGUGAUCUUACCUGGAAUGAGUGCAUGUAUUGAAUGCACUCUCGACUUAUAUCCACCCCAGAAGACAUUUCCAUUGUGUACAAUAGCAAAUACCCCGAGGUUGCCAGAACAUUGCAUAGAAUAUGUAAAGGUAAUACAGUGGGCUAAGGAAAAUCCGUGGGGAGGUUCUACUGCCCUUGACGGUGAUGACCCACAGCAUGUGGCGUGGGUGUAUGAGAAAGCUCAAGAGAGAGCAAUGAAGUAUGGAAUCUCUAAUGUUACAUACAGAUUAACACAGGGUGUCUUGAAGAACAUUAUACCAGCGGUAGCAAGCACUAAUGCAGCUAUCGCGGCAGCUUGUGCUACUGAGGUAUUUAAGUUAGCGUCAUCCUGUUGUGCGAAUAUGAACAAUUAUAUGGUUCUUAAUAUGUCUGAUGGUGUCUAUACUUACACAUUUAAUGCUGAAAAACGCACAGACUGUGUCGCAUGCAGUAACACAACACGAGUGAUAGAAAUUGAACCAGAUGCAACUUUACAAGCGAUUUAUGACAAAUUAUGUGAAGACAAUGCCUUCUUGAUGAAGAGCCCAGGUAUUACCACAAUUAUUAACGGUCGCAACAAGACACUAUACAUAUCUUCAAUAAAAAGCAUUGAAGAGAAGACAAGAGAUAAUUUAAAAAAGAAAAUUACAGAAUUAGGACUUUAUAAUGGUGCAGACAUUUUAGUGGCAGAUGUCACCACCCCUAACACAUUAACAAUAAAGUUGAAAUUUUCAGAAAGCAAUAAUGAUGUUGAUAUGUCGCGUUGAAAAGCAAUAAAGUAACCAAAUGCUUAUUGUUUUAUCAAUAAUAAUAGUUGAAAUAAAUGUGCUUCAAAUAAUACUGUUUUAAU